AUGACAGUUGACAACAAGUUGAUUAGUGCAAAUAGUGCUCGACUAUUCGAACUUCUGCUAAAAGCUACUCGAACAUCGAAUGAAAGCGAAGCAACCCAAUGGUGGAAACAUUUUAAUGAAAGUCUUGAUCCUUAUCAAACACAUAUAAAACGAACAUUAGAAAAGAAAAGUUACUUUUCUUUAUUCAAUAAAAAGAAUGAGGCAAUCAUUCCAGUACUUGCUCAACAACUCGAUAAAGAUAAAUUGUCUGUAUUACAUUAUGUCGCUUAUUAUAAUAAUUUUUUUAUUUGUUAUUUUAAUAUUGUCGGAAAAAACGGAGAAACAAUUUUACAUGUAGCAGCUCGAUCUAAAACAAUCGAUGAAGAUACACAUCGUGUAAACAUAAGCAACAACUCCGAAAAUCAGCAACAAUCAUUAUUAAUCUAUUUGUUAUCAAAAACAGAUAAUAAGCAAAAACCAUUAGUCGACAUCGACAAACGAGAUAAUCAAGGUCGAACAGCAUUACAUCAUGCUGUCAUGUCUAAUAGAAUUGCAAACGUGAAAGUAUUACUUGAUUAUGAAGCAACUAUUACAAUAAAAGAUAUUCGUCAAGCAACACCGUUACAUUAUGCAUGUCGUUUUAAUAGAAAAAAUGAUAUUGUUCGAUAUUUACUUUUAAAAGCUGAUUCAUUUAAAUAUCAAUCGAAUAAAUUCAAAUGGAUAAAACAAAGUAUAUCACACAAACCAUCAUUUCCAAUUUAUUCGAAAUUAGAUUAUAUUCAUGCAAAAACAACAGAUGGACAUGAUGCUAUUUCCCUUGCACAAACUUAUAAUCAUGAAGAAAUACUUGAAGAACUUUUUAAACAUAUACAACAUAAUUAUUUUCGAUGGCAAGAAAAAGAUAAGAUUAUUUUUGAUCAAAUUUAUAAGGCUAUUUUAGCUGAAGAUCCGAGCCUAAUAGAUUCUUAUCCGGCUUGGCUUGUUAUCAAUGAAAAGACUGGUGAGACUCCACUUCAUAUUGCUUGUACACACGGUUGUCCUACAAUUGUAUUGCAUCUUCUUAACCGUCAGUAUUCGAAUGAUGAUCAUCGUAGUCCGAAUAUUAUAUUCUUACGAGAAAAACAAAAUGGUUUUACUCCCAUUCUUUCAGCUGCUUAUGCUGGUCAAGCAAAAUGUUUUGAACAUAUGCUUAAUGUUAUUCUAAAAGUUAUUAUGACCAAUAAUAAUCCGAAUAAAUUUAUUAAUGAUGUAUUAAUUGAUCGAUAUGGUCGAACUUUAUUACAUAUUUGCGUUGUUUCAAGACAAUUUAAUAUACUGGAAAUAUUAAUGUUAUCUAUACAAUCAAAUCCAAUUUUAUUUGUACGAGUCAUUGAACCAAUGAUAUUUACAUUAGAUUAUAAUGAUGAAACACCUCUUCAUAUAGCUGUACGUUUAGAAUUAUAUUCUAUAUGUCAAUUAUUACUUUUAUUUGCGGAUAAACUUGAUGAAAUUCAGCAACCUUGCAUUUAUCUUGAUAAAAUUGAUGGUGAAUUAAUACGAUCUACAGAUGUAUAUACUGAAGAUAUUCAAUUAGUUCCAUCAUAUAUGCUUUCAAUGUUAACUAAAUCUCGUGUAUAUAUAAUUGGAUAUAAAAAUAAAAAUGGUCAAUCAUCAUUUCAUAUGGCUAUUUUUUAUGGAUAUCAACAUAUUAUGAAUCUCUUUCUUAAACAUGGUAAUGUAUAUGGUAUGAAUUAUUUAUUAGAACAUACAGAUGCUAAUAUUCGAACACCAUUACAUUUAGCUGCUUUGUAUGGUCAUUGUGAUAUUACAAAACAAUUAUUUUUAUUAAAUGUUAAGAUGUAUGUCCGAGAUGAUCAUGAAUCAACACCAUUACAUUGUGUUGCUCAAUGUGUUGGUAUUAAAUGUUAUCAUGAUAUUGAUGCAUCUGUUUGUAUACUUGACAUAUUUUUAAAAUAUAUUGAAAAUUAUGAAAAAAAUUCUUGUGAUUUCUUAACAACAGUUGAUGGCUUUGGUCAUAAUUGUCUUGAAACAGCUACCAUAUCACGAAAUCGACCUUUUGUUGAAUAUCUAUUAAAUCUUAAUAAUAUUUCUCUAUUUAAAAGUCUUUUACGUAAUGCUCAAUUACUUGAUAUUCAUCAUCAACAUGUUGAUACACCACUUAGAAAAUUAGUAAAAUGUAUGCCUGAUUUAGCUUAUCGAAUACUUGAUAUUUUUAUAACACAUAUUGGUGAUAAACAUGAAGCUCAUCAUGAAAUAAUCUAUGAUUUUGAAUUUCUUGAAGAUCAUUGUUAUAUACAACAAUGGAAACAACAUAAUAUGGCAUCUCAAAGGAUAAUAAAUAGACCAACACAUACAUUUUGUUGUUUUGUAUUUUGUUGUCAUAAACAACUUGAAUUUCAAAAUCAAUUUCAUGGUAAUAAUCAUCAUCAAUCAUUAUUUGCUUAUACAGCAAAUCCUUAUACAUUAGUACAUAAUACUGUACUUUCAGUUAUGUGUAAAUGUGCUAAACGAAUUGAUUUAAAAGAUCAGGAAGAUGAAAGUAGUGAUGUUCAACAUAGUUAUAAAUUAAUGCAUCAUCCUCUUUGUUGUCAAUUAACACAACUUAAAUGGAAACAAUUUGGAUUACCAUUAUUUUUAACAUUUUUUUUUAUCUAUAGUCUUUAUUUGAUUUUAUUUACAAUAGCGAUGUUACGAAAUAAACAACCAGAAUAUUUUUAUCGAUUAGUAAAUGCUUCAUUUCCAAAUGGAUAUUAUUCCCAUGGACAUAAAUUGAAUUGUGAAGAAGUUGCUCAACGUCUUGUACAAUUAAAUGUUCGAGAAGCAUUGAAACAACCAGCAGAUCGUAUUAUUAAAACAUUAGUUAUUGUAUUAUUAUGGGUUCAUGUCGUAAAAGAUACUUUAUUAAUCAUUGGUGUACAUCGAUUUUCUCUUGUAUGGCGAAUCUAUAUGGAAACUGUAACACUUAUUCUUAGUUUUAUUUGUUUAUAUGAUGGUGAUCAAUGGCAAGGUCAGUUGCGUUUUCGUUGUCCAACACAAUGGCAAUUGGGUGCGUUUGGAGUGUUUCUUGCUUGGACAACAUUAUUAUCUUAUCUUCGUUUUUUUCCUAUAUUUGGAGUUUAUGUUGUUAUGCUUGAAGUAAUUAUGAUUAAAUUCUUAUGGUUUGCUCCAGUAUUAGUAAUAUUAAUUUGUUCAUAUUCAUCAGCUUUUUAUAUGCUUCUACAAAAUCAACCUGUUUUUUCUACAAUACCCUUUGCUUGGUUUAGAUCAGCUUUUAUGGUAUUAGAUACAGGUUAUGAAGAUCGGUUCUUUGGUCCAGAUAGUGAAGAAUAUAUUAGUCUUUAUCCAGUUCUUUUUGUUAUCUUUCUUUUCUUCGGUGUUACAAUGACGAUUUUGGUCAAUAAUCUUCUCAUCGCUUUAGCUGUUGGUGAAAUAGCAGAUUUAUCAGCUAUUGCACGUGUACGUAAUGCAACAAGACGAUACGAAUUAUUACGUGAAUGGGAAAUAUUUCGUUUACAAUGUUUAUGGUCACCUGCUCCACUUCAUCUUCGUCAUGAACAUUUUGAAAAAAAAUGGAAUCGACAAUUACGAACAUGUUUAAGAUGGGUUUAUCGUUAUUCAUUUCUCAAAGCUGAUGAUUGA